GAUGAUGAUGAUGAUGAUGAUGAUGAUGAUGAUGAUGAUGAUGAUGAUGAUGACGACGACGACGACGACGACGAUGAAGACGAUGAUGAAGACGAUGUUGAAGACGAUGAUAAAGACGAUGUUGAAGACGAUGUUGAAGACGAUGAUAAAGACGAUGUUGAAGACGAUGAUAAAGACGAUAAUAAAGACGAUGUUGAAGACGAUGAUAAAGACGAUGUUGAAGACGAUGAUAAAGACGAUGAUAAAGACGAUGUUGAAGACGAUGAUAAAGACGAUGAUAAAGACGAUGAUAAAGACGAUGUUGAAGACGUUGAUAAAGACGAUGUUGAAGACGAUGAUAAAGACGAUGAUAAAGACGAUGUUGAAGACGAUGAUAAAGACGAUGAUAAAGACGAUGCUGAAGACGAUGUUGAAGACGAUAAAGAUGAUUUUGAAGACGAUGUUGAAGACGAUGUUGAUGAUUUUGAAGACGAUGUUGAUGAUGAUGUUGAUGACGAUGUUGAAGACGAUGUUGAUGUUGUUGUUGAUGAUGAUGAUGAUGAUGAUGAUGAUGAUGAUGAUGAUGAUGAUGAUGAUGAUGAUGAUGAUGAUGAUGAUGAUGAUGAUGAUGCUGUUGAUGAUGUUGAUGAUGAUGAUGUUGAUGAUGUCGAUCCAAAGGCGGUCGCAGACGCUGCACCGGGUUCCGAUCUGCUCCUCGAGGAAGUGGCGCUCGAAGUACCGGUGGGCUCCUGA